CUUUGCAGACGCUGCCGCCGAAGAAAUUCUUGUACUACUAGCCAUGGUCAACCCUACCGUGUUCUUCGACAUUGCCGUCGACGGCGAGCCCUUGGGCCGCGUCUCCUUCGAGCUGUUUGCAGACAAGGUUCCAAAGACAGCAGAAAAUUUUCGUGCUCUGAGCACUGGAGAGAAAGGAUUUGGUUAUAAGGGUUCCUGCUUUCACAGAAUUAUUCCAGGGUUUAUGUGUCAGGGUGGUGACUUCACACGCCAUAAUGGCACUGGUGGCAAGUCCAUCUAUGGGGAGAAAUUUGAAGACGAGAACUUCAUCCUAAAGCAUACAGGUCCUGGCAUCUUGUCCAUGGCAAAUGCUGGACCCAACACAAAUGGUUCCCAGUUUUUCAUCUGCACUGCCAAGACUGAGUGGUUGGAUGGCAAGCAUGUGGUCUUUGGCAAAGUGAAAGAAGGCAUGAAUAUUGUGGAGGCCAUGGAGCGCUUUGGGUCCAGGAAUGGCAAGACCAGCAAGAAGAUCACCAUUGCUGACUGUGGACAACUCGAAUAAGUUUGACUUGUGUUUUAUCUUAACCACCAGACCAUUCCUUCUGUAGCUCAGGAGAGCACCCCU